AUGCCUUCUUCCACGGUUAAGCUCGCAGAGUAUCUGUUCACACGUCUUCAUCAGCUUGGAGUGCGCUCGAUCCACGGUGUCCCAGGUGAUUACAACUUGACUCUCCUGGAUCACAUCGAGCCGUCGGGACUGCACUGGGUGGGCAACUGCAAUGAGCUGAACGCGGGAUACGCUGUCGAUGGAUAUGCGCGGAUCAACGGCCUCGGAGCACUGAUCACCACAUUCGGCGUCGGGGAGCUCUCUGCUAUCAACGCCAUCGCUGGCGCAUACUGCGAACGCUCAGCGGUGGUGCAUGUCGUUGGCACACCCGAGAGAUCUGUCCAGGAUUCCCGUCUGAAGGUCCACCACACGUUUGCGGACGGGAAUUUUGACCGUUUUGCUCAGAUGCACGCCCAGAUUACGGUCGCGCAGGCGAGUCUCUGGGAUCCUCUCACGGCGCCGGAGCAGAUUGAUGCGGUGCUAAGACAGUGUCUCUCACAUAGCAGGCCGGUCUAUAUCCAGGUGCCGGUGGAUUUGGUGGAUGCACCUGUCGGAGCGGACAGAUUAUACUCACAGUGUCUAUCUGCGGCUGUCACUUCGAUGAACAACACCAUCACACCUGCCCACGACGCGGUGCUGUCGCUUGUGCUGGAGAAGAUCAAGACGGCAAAGCGACCGACCAUCCUGGUUGACGGGGAGAGCAGAGCCCUCGGAAUCACCGGGGACGUACAGCACAUCGUCCGACUCACAAGGUGGCCUACCUGGGUCACCGUGUUUGCAAAGGGUCUUGUGGACGAGACGGUUCCCAACGUCCAUGGAGUCUACCGGGGCAGCUAUGACCCCAAGGCAAAGGCAUUCGUGGACAGCUCUGAUCUCGUGUUAUGUUUUGGGCCCCACUUCAGCACUACCAACACCUUCGACUCGACAAGCAUCCCCCCACAGGCCGUCACUGUCACCUACACAGACAAUGAGGUUCGGAUAGGCGAUCAGAUAUUUCGCGACGUCCGGGCCAGGGCCGCCGUUUCCCGUCUGCGUGAGGAGCUGAGUGCCCUGGCCCCGACGCUGCCCGUGGUACCAGGGCCUGAAUUGCCAGAGAAACGUCCGAUGGUGUGCCAUUCGCUACUUACCAGCAAACAGAAAGUCACCCAGGACCGAAUGUGGCGCGUGCUCGCCAACUCCAUCCGCCCGGGGGACAUUGUCCUCGGCGAGACUGGCACUGCCGGCUACGGUGUGCAAGAGAUGUCCCUCCCACAGGACACAAGGGCAUUCGCGCCGGUCACCUGGCUCUCGAUCGGGUACAUGCUGCCCGCGGCGCAAGGCGCGGCCCUGGCGCAGAGGGACCUUCUCCUCUCCGCCUCUUCCAGAUCCAACGGCCACAUCAAGCAGGCGCACCCGCGCACCGUGCUGUUCAUCGGCGACGGCAGCUUCCAAAUGACGGUGCAGGAACUGAGUACCAUCAUCCGCGAGAAGCUCGACGUGGUCAUCUUCCUCCUCAAUAACGACGGGUACACGAUCGAGCGCUGCAUCCACGGGUUGCGGAAGAGCUACAAUGACGUCGCCCCGUGGCGGUAUCUACAGGCGCCGUCUUUCUUGGGGGCUGAGGACGACGACGUCUUUACGGCUACGGUGCGCGACUGGGGGGAUUUGCAGCGGGUGCUGGCGUCGAAGGAGAUGACGAGUGGGAGAGGGUUGAGGAUGGUGGAGAUUGUUCUCGAUCGUGAGGAUGUGCUCGAGGGGCCUUUGCUGGAUUUGUUGCAGGAGGAGAGGAAAGUUGCCUUGGGCGGAGCGAGUGAAUAG